CUUCCUUCACUAACGCAGAGGUAUAGGAGUGAUUAAUAUCCCAUCCUUUGGCAGCCGCCAGAGGAGGGAAGCCAUCUUGCUCUCUAAGCUUGGAGCACAGAGCCCGAGAAAACCAAAAAGAAAAAAAGGGAGAAGCAUUAAUAAGGUUUUAUGCCAUUUUUGUGAAAAAAGAUAGAGCUAAAUCAAUGCAAAACAGAGAGGAAAAAGAAAAGGGGGCCAAUACUCAGAGAAGGAUUUUUCCAGCUUUCUUCAUCCAGUGAAAGCUCGCUUGAAAAAGAGAAAGGAGGAGAAAAAGAUUGAAACUCCAAAGCAAUGUUUCAUCAACAAGUCAUUGCGAGUUUUGCCCAACAACACUUGGAGCCAUUUUAUGUCGCUUGGGGGAGAUUCAAUGACAUGGUAGAGAGAUAUUCCAACCACAAUCUUUCAAAUCAGUUUCUAACUUUCUGUUUCUACAAUGGGUUGGAUGAAGCAACAAGAAGUUGGGUGGAUUAUAGAGCGUUGACAACCGGUGGUCACUUGUUAAAUAGAAGCCAUAAAAGUGCAAUGUACUUAUUGAAUGACAUGGUGGAUUUCGACUACCACUGGCAUUGGGAUCCUUCACUGCAGGGUUGGAGUCAUCCAUAUCCUUCAUAUAUCUCACACCCCGAUAUUAGAAACCAACCAUUCGAGCAUCAAAAAGAGAAGAAAAUGAGACUAGAGGAAGCAAUGGCUGAGUUGGGGAAUGCUAUCAACCAUUUGAUAGAGUGGACCAAGAAUCUUAAGGUUGAAAAUCAAAUGGUGAAUAAUCAAAUGUGGCUUGAUGAUGGUGACUCAAACAACCAAGGUUGGGAGAGUGAAACGAAUGAUAUGGGAGCUUCACAGGAAUUUGAGCCUCUAGAGGAAAUAGAGCCUCAGGAUGAAGAGAAAGAACCAUUUGAAGUUGUUUUAGCUCAAUCUUUCACUAAGUUGGACUAUCACAUGACCGAUACCGAUGUACCCUUUUUAGUUCAAGAGAUGUCCUUCCAAGGCCAUGAUUUUUAUGAAGAUCAAAUCGCAAGCAUGGUUUUGGAUAGCCAAGUGGAGCGUGAAGAGCAUUUUGAAGGGAUGCCAGAGGAAUUCCUACAAGAGGGAGAGAUAAAAGAGUUGAUGGAGGAUGUGGAAGCUCACGAGACCAUUGGUUUGAGCUCAUCAAUGGCACUAUUGUAUACACCUUCAUACGACCCAUUUUGGCUAUCAUCAUCACCCCCACCAUACUACAUUCUUUAUGAGCCCGAACCAAAAAUGAAGUUCUCCAAUCAAGCCCAUCACUUCUCAAAGGCAAAUCUUAUUGGUGCAGUGUGCCUAAAUUGUAAAAAUCAUACCAAGCUUAAGGGCGUCACAAGGAAAGACCCAUGUGUAGUGUCAUAUGACACUUACUAUGGGCGGAAGCCGCUCUUUGAUGAGCGCUUCACCAAGAGUCUAGCUAAAGACGUUAAAGCAAGCGCUCCUUGGAAGGCAACCCAAGUUUUUUAAACCUUUUUCUUGUUUUCUUUCAUUUUAAGGUUUUUUUUAUAGAAACUUUUUACUUUGCUGUGGUGGUUCUCUUUUGUAGGUGCAAGUGUUGGAGCUUAAGGGAUGAUUUCAAUUCAAGAGAGCGAGCAAGCAUUCAAGCCUAAGCGCCAAAUCGACAUAGGAGAGUUUUCUUUAAACCUUUCCUUGUGUUUUUUAUUGCCUACACAUUGAGGAUAUUGUGCGUGAUAAG